GUGAGCAACAGAAGAUGUGUUGUGCGGUGACAGCGCAGAGCACUAACUGAAACAACUGUUUUAAGUCACGCUGCUGCCUUUUUAGGAGUCCACUGAGAACAUACAGAUCUGAACAGGAUGUGUAUGAAGCAUUGCGUGUUAUUGCAUGAAUGCUCAUGUUUGUGUAUUAGGGUCUGCAUGCUGGUUCAGGAAGACACUCUUCUCAUCAGUAGUGACACAGUGGGCCACGAAGGGGAGCCCAACACUGGUACUGGAGGCCUGGAGUCCCAGCACAGUGAGGUAACCGUUCUGCCCUGACACACCUACAGACUCUGGUACGACUGGGACCUCCGACUAUGAAAGAAGACAAAAGCUGGAAGAGCCAGGAACUGCUCCUAAACAUUUGUGUUUGUGAUUGUUCAGCAUCAAAUGAAAUUUGAUUUGGGAGAUUAGGAGAGGCUGACAGAGCCAGUGGCUGAAUAAGAGGAGAGACUCCCAUCCCGACUCCCAGCCCGACUCCCAUCCCGACUCCCAGCCCGACUCCCAGCCCGACUCCCAGCCCGACUCCCAGCAAAGGAACAAGGCACUGAAGGAAUGUAGCUGGGCUGGGCGUAAAUGUCCCAAGACCGCAGAAAAGAAACCGAUGCAAACCCAGAAUAUGCAGGCAGACAGACAUGUCUGUGAGGGUCAGACUAUGAGGAGAGGUGCCCUUUUUCCUGCUGAGAGCUCAGGGUUUGCAGUUUAUGGUUUAACUUCUGUGUUGGACGUCUUAUGAGUUGUGUCUCCGUCUGAGAGGUAUGAGACAUCAGCACCAGCACACUCACUAGUGGAUCUUUGUGUUCCUAUUUUUUAUUUAUGGAUUUCUUAGAAAAAUCACCAUGGCAACACUUCAUGUACACUUUUGAUUACAUUAUGUGGUUUGAGUUACAUAGUUGACAGCCUGCCUAUAUUGGAAUUGGUUAAAAAAUGUGUUACAAAAAUAUGGAAUUUGAGCAUUUCUUGAAGCAGUGUACAAAAAGGAUUAUCCUGGGAAUCGAGGCAGCUUUUAUGUGCUUUCUGAUCCCUCUGUAACGGUUACAUGGGCCUUAUUCCAGGAACAUGGAUAUGUGUCCCCCUGUUACAGUAUCAGCUGGAAGUGCAGAAUCCUUAAAUACCACUGAGGAUCAAAGCCAGAGGAAGUGGCAAACCACCCAAGUGCACUCUUCCUCUGUCAAGUUCAAAAUCCGCUCCGCCAAAGACAGGCAGGAGACGCUGGUCACUGACAGAGGCAUGAGAGCAGCGCACAGUAAGACCGGAGACGAGAUCCAGAGCCGAGAACAAGCACGCAGAGUUCAGCCGCGGUCGCCACCAUUGCGAGACACAGUUGACGUGCCGAGUUCCAGAGUUCCGAAUCAGGCUGGUGUCCCGACGUGUGCAGAACUGCCUUUCAGCUCUGGGACAAGCAAUGUCUGCAACGAGCACCCAAGCAAGGAGAGGGGACGGACAGACUGGAGAGGACAGGUUCUGAGCAACAGAAGCAAGAGCUUAGACUGGAGAGGACAGAAGGAAGUGAGGAAUCAGACAGCAACGAUCAGGAACACUAAAGACUUAGUAGUGCAUCCUGCAAGGUGUUCCAACAGUUUGGAGACAAAGGAGACACCCAAGAGCCCAAACCCAAACCCAAAUGAACUAUCCAGCCCCUCAAACAGCACAGCAUUACAAGUUCAUGCUUACAGUCCUGCCGGACAUAGAAAGCAGGACAGCAACAAAAUGGUUCCCACAGCCAUAUCCAGUUCCUCACCUGCAAGAACGAGCCAGAUAGUUCUGGCCCUGGAACGAGCGGGUGGGGGCCAGUCUCUCCCAUCCAGACUGCAGCCAAAGCAAAGACCAAGCAGCUUGGAGGAGGGGAGCGGUCCGUGGAGGUCUGCUGCAAUGAGCGUCCCCAAGCCCAGUCAGCCAGACCACUGGUCUCGGGUUGGGGGGCCAAACAUAAGUGAAGUAACAGGAAACCAAACAAUACUGGAUCGAAUUGGGAAGCUCUAUGGCGUGAAAUUAUCAGAGCAUAACCGAGACUCCAGAGACUCCGUCUGUGCGAAAAGCUGCUCUGCUCCUGUGGGUGAUUGGCUGCACAGUGCAGAUGCUAUUGAUUCAAACUCAAAUCCCAGGAGGCCUAAUGCUGCUCCCACAUUCAGGUCAUCUUCCUCAUCCUACAUUAAUCAAUGGAAGAAGGCCUCAUCUGAUGCAGAAAAAGGUGGAACCUUUCCAAGAACACUUUCCAAAGUGGAAAGGAAUAAUAUUAGUUCUAUACCAAACACUCCACUUAUUUUACAUAACAGGAAUGACAGGAAAAAUGCCUUAUCCAAUAUGUCUAUGUCGCCAGUGACACCGCAGUUUGAAGAGAGAAUAGAUUUAACGUGUUUACACAACCAAAAAAGUGAAUGGAAUGGCAACUCACAGAGCAGAAAGCCUGGGGCAUUGGAACCACUCUCUCUGGACCAGGCAAGAAAUCGAGCUGCACAGUCCAGAGUUCUCAGGACUGAGUCUUUGUUUGGGGCUUGUAACUCUGGCACACCCAGUCAUUCUGUGAAACAGUCAUUCUGUGAAACAACUGUGCAAGAAGGCAGUAGACAAGACAGAGAGAGAGACAGGCAAAUGGAGAAAACAAGUAGCAGCUCAGCACAUGGCAGAGAUGGGGACACGGGUCCAGGAAAACAACCUGGAAUCCAGGGACCAAAGGAAUUAGACAGACCUCAGUUAUCCAGGAGUGUGACAGUAGAUGGUGCUCGGUAUAAGGAGAAGGAGGAACUUUCAGAACUUGGUUCAUUAACCUUUCCAAGAAAGAAGAGAGAGAACUUGCAGGAGAAAUUCGAUUCCGUGCAAAGCACAAUCUACAAAUUUGAAGCUCUUGCCCAACGAAACCAGAAUCCAAAUGUGGACCUGCACCCCAGAAGGGCAUUUUCUGUCCCAGAAAAACCAAAACUGGUGACAGAAAUAAAUAAGAACAAACCUGAUAAGUCAUUACAUGGAUUUAUGAGUUUGUGGAGUCUGACCGAUGACCACUUCAGUAAGAGUGAGGUCAGUGAGGAGUUCGUCAGUCCCCCUAAUGUAAGAGGGGCCAUCCAAAUUACAGCCACAGAUGAAGUAAGAUCAGUGAAAACACAGAAUACAGAAGGUUAUGGACAGAAACUUGGAGACAGUCCAACUGAAAAACUGCUGGAUAUAAUUCCAUCUGAACAGAGUAAAACCAAGGACACUCUUAAGGAUGACAUCAAGACUUCUAGGAUUAGUAAGUACCCGGAUGAGCCAGAUUUUUCCAAACUGAGUCAUUGGGUUAUUAAAAACAUGGACUCAACUGAAGGUCAUCUGAGAAAUGACUGUAGUGCUACAAAGCCCUCCAUCAGCGAGUCCAGCAGGAGUGAUGAUGCCACCCUCACUGAGUGUCCUGACAAGACUCGUCUGACAGGCAGCCAUCAAAACCACAGUAAAUCAAGUACAGAUGAACCGCCGGAGUGUGCUUUAGUACCAGCAGAUUCAACUUUGUCCACCUCAGUGAGGUUGGCGUUGAUAAGAUCUUAUAGCCCUCAUUCUACAUCACCAUCCAGUCCCCAUGGCUCCCCAGACACCCGUCCCCAUGGCUCCCCGGACGCCCAUCCCCAUGGCUCCCCGGACACCCGUCUCCAUGGCUCCCCGGACGCCCGUCUCCAUGGCUCCCCGGACGCCCAUCCCCAUGGCUCCCCAGACACCCGUCCCCAUGGCUCCCCGGACGCCCAUCCCCAUGGCUCCCCGGACACCUGUCUCCAUGGCUCCCCGGACGCCCGUCCCCAUGGUUGCCCGGACACCCGUCUCCAUGGCUUCCUGGACACCCGUCCUGUCACAAUCCCUGCAGCCCCUCCUGAACUCAGUGAUAUUGGCAACAGAGUAAGAAAUGAAAAAAUUGAGGUGAAAAUUUCUAGAUGGAUCACAGAUGAAGGAGAUGGUGUUAUUGAUACUGAUGAAGAUGAUGAUGAUGAUGAUGAUGAUGAAACAGAACGAGGAUAUGACUCUGACUCAGGGGACUCAUCAGUAACCAUCACAAGCAACAUGAGCCAAUCAGAUCACAGGAGUUUUUCUUUAAGUUUUGUGGACCUCUGUAAUCUGGGUGGGCUGGACUGUCCACCCACAGCCAGCAGCGGGUCAAACGAGGAGAGGUGGAUGUCCAAUCGCUCUGCCUCCUUGAGCUCAGAUGCCUCCGUCAUGUCCUGCGUGACCCUGCUGGGAACGGAGGAGUUGGACUGUCUGCUGGAUGAUGUCAAAGGUCUAGGGGAUGACACUUUAGAGAACUAUGAGGACGUGCACGUGGUCGUCCUGCAUAAGGAUGUCGGGAUUGGCCUCGGCUUCACUGUAGCGGGCGGAGUGGACCAGAACAAACCCAUAACUGUGCACAGGGUCUUCCCCUGUGGAGCAGCAGCUCAGGAAGGCUCCAUCCACGAGGGUGACCAAGUGCUGUCAAUCAAUGGCACUGCUCUACACAACUCCGCCCACUGGGAAGCGCUGCGUACACUGAGGAAGGCAAGGGGGCGGGGCAUGGCAGUGGUGGUUCUUAGGAAAGGCAGCGUCAUCGAACCCCAGCACAACAUCAAUGACAACCUCCUAAAGCCAGCUGGAGGUCCAGGCACCACAGUGCAUACGACUUUGACCAAAUUGACCUUUGACCUGGGCUUCAGUCUGGAGGGAGGGGUUGGCUCCAGCCUCGGAGACAAACCCCUCACCGUUCAGAGGAUUUUCCAAGGUGGACCAAUUGGGAAGGUGUUUCCAGGAGAUGAGCUGCUAGAAAUUCAGGGUCAGAGUUUGGGGGGUUUAAGACGAUUGGAAGUCUGGAGCCUGAUAAGGAGACUGCCCCCUGGCCCCGUGGAGGUCUUACUGCACCGGCCCUCGCAGCCUCCCUGAGGACGCGUGUGUCCUGCUCUUAACCAUCACAGGAACAUCAUACAGCUCGCUGAUUUCUACUUCACUGGGCAACACAGUUUUAACCGUUUUUGUCUUACCAGACUCCAUACGUUCUCCAUACGUCUCCAUACGUUCUCCAUACAUCUCCAUACGUUCUCCAUACAUCUCCAUACGUUCUCCAUAAGUCUCCAUACAUCUCCAUACGUUCUCCAUACGUCUCCAUACUUCUCCAUACGUCUCCAUACUUCUCCAUCUCCAUACUUCUCCAUACGUCUCCAUACUUCUCCAUCUCCAUACUUCUCCAUCUCCAUACUUCUCCAUAUUACUCUCCAUUCUCCAUAAUGACAUAGAAGCACACAAGGACAAAAAAUAAACUAUAGGUGAUAAUGAAAUUCUGAUAACAUAUUUGGAUUCGGCAUGCAAGAAUCCAUAAUGCACAGGUAUUUUUGGCAGGCAUCAAAGUCUCUGCUGACCAGUGGUUUUAAAAUGACAGCAAUGUUGCUAUAGAAAUGUGCUUUGAUUCAUAUUUCCAGUCCUAUGAAUAGCAUAAAUGCACUAUUUUAAAGAUUCUUUAUAAUAAUACAUGUGUACAUAUGUAAUGACAGGUCAUCACAAAAUUACAGUCACAAAUCUUCAGAGAAGUCUACAGGAUAUAAAGAUUUUGGGCCCAAAAAGAAGUUUCAAAUAUUUUCUCUCUUGUUAUCCAUUAUUAUCUUAAAAUGAAUAUAUUAAUUAUAUUUUGUAUUGACAGAGUUAAGUCAAAGUAAUAUAAGAAAAAAACAUUUAAUAUAUUGCACAAUUUGUAUUCCUAUUGAAAUAUAAGUGUCCCAUUUUACAGUGUACAUAUAUUUUACACCAUGCAAGAAAAAAAAAUAUUUUUUCCUA